CAAGCUCUCGCGUAAUGAGACCAUUGCACGUUCGAAUGUUGAUCGCCACCUUCGUUGUUCUUCCACCAUCAUCGUCGUCGUAGUUGUCAUCGUCGUCGUUUGGAAGGUUUGGCUAUAUCGUGACAAAAAAAAAGCUCGUGCCUUCUUGAUACAUUGUCGUGAUUUGUUUAGUUUUUUGUUUUGUCUUUAACUCAGAUGAAACCUGUUCAUCAAUGUGGAAUUCAUACGAGUUUCUCUAGUGUCUCGUAGAGAUUGAUGAGGUUCCAGGUAAAAAUAAUAAAAAGAAUUGAAACCUCAUAGGACUCGGAUUCGGACUCGGCGGACUCAUGAACCCAACCCUACAGCCUUAUCGUGUUUGUGUUUUAUGUUAUUUAUGUUUUGAAGUGCCCAAGUCAAUAUACACAUAUCUGUACGAGGAGGUCUUUCAAGUAUAUUGAAAUUCUUUUCGGUUUUCAAGAAAGUAAUAGGAACGAACAAAAAUUGAAGAAAAACGUGCCUGCUGAAGUGUGUUGUUAUUUUUGUUGGUUUGUUUUUUUUUUUUUGUUUUGUUUUUUUUUUUUUUUUUUUUGCGAAGAGCACUUAUUGAAAGCAUUUUAUCGACUCAAAUCGAGGUCAACCAAAAAUGAACCAAUCGGACAUUAACGGAUUUCUUUUAUGCCUGUCUCGUAUGACAAUGGCGGACAAUGACCGAGAUCGUUUACUCUACCAGCAUUUCAACAGCAGCUCUUUUAAUGACGGUACACCAUCAACAUCAUCAUUAUUGGGCAGGAGUGAUAACGAUCAUGAUCAUGACCACGAUCAUGAUCAUGAUCAUGAAAAUUCAAAUUCUCAUGAAGUUGUUGUGGCUAAAGCAACUGCCAUGUUAGUUCUGUUUUGUGCAACGACAAUUUGCGGAGCGACGCCGUUCUUCUUAAACCGUCACUUCAAAGGAAGUGGUGAAAACAAUACAAAUACACGAUCGGCAACACUAGUCAAGUGUUUGUUGUAUUUUGGUGGGGGUGUGUUGCUCUGCACCACAUUUUUGCAUCUUCUGCCCGAAGUAAGGGAAACUGUGGAAAGUCUACAAGAAUGUGGAGCAUUUCCAAAAAUGUCCUUUCCAUUGGUCGAACUUCUAAUGUGUGCAGGAUUUUUUUUAAUGUUCCUAAUUGAAGAGCUCAUACACACAUACAUCCAUAGGAAUAGAAAUAUUCUAGACGAGGAGACAGCUGCUUUCGAAAGAGGCCAUAGUAUUCGUCACAGUUAUGUUAUGCGAAAUAAUGACAAAUGUAAGGAUAAUAACGAUAGCAACGGCACUCAAAUGUUUGAUUGUUCAAGCAUCAAUAGUGGUGGUGGGACUAUAAAAACAUUAUCACCUCGAGAUUUAUACACAAAUGAUAUGGAAAAUCAGAAACACCAACACAACAAUCAUCAGCUAGCACAUGAAGCUGCUGAAUGCCCUACAGCACCACCAGCAACAACAUCGGAAACUAACUAUGAAACUCAUCAACCGCACCAUGUCCACCAUCAUCAUCAUUCCAAUAAUUCGCACUCCCACAGCCAUAAUCACUUUCACAGCCACUUACCACUUAAAGAUAGUAGUGAUAGAGAUGGUGAUAUUAUAGCAUCUUCCUUGCGUGGCUUGCUAAUUGUUCUGGCUCUUUCAGUCCACGAACUAUUCGAAGGGUUAGCAAUAGGCCUUGAAGGCUCCGCCAGCAAUGUUUGGUUUAUGUUUGCAGCUGUUUCAGCUCAUAAACUAGUACUGGCGUUUUGUGUUGGUGUUGAAUUAAUUGUCGCCAGAACUAGAACUUAUCUAUCAGUUUUAUUUGUUUUCACAUUUGCCAUAGUGAGUCCAAUUGGAAUUGGUAUUGGAAUGUUAGUUAGCAGUCACGAUACGACAGCUUCAAGUAUUCCUUCGGCUAUUUUGCAAGGAUUGGCUUGCGGCACUUUACUUUAUGUGGUCUUUUUUGAGAUACUUUCUAAAGAUCGAUCUGGAUUAUUAGCAUAUUUAGCGCUUAUUAUUGGAUUUUGUUUAAUGUUUGGACUGCAACAACUUGUUUCUGGUCAUCACCAUAGUCAUGGAUGUCAUCAUUCAGAAGAGUCUGAUCCAUCUCACAAUCAUGACGAUGAACAUCAAAGGCAUUUAGCAUCACAUGCGCAAAACCUCAGCUUGGAGAAACAAAUGCAAAUUUUGAGAGAAGCUUCGACUAGUCUCAAACAAAUUUUAAAUAAAAACUAAUUAUUAUGUAUAUUUGUAUAUAUUAAAAUAAAUAAAUUUAAAAAUAUAA